CAAGAUGAACCCAACAACCAUCACCACCACAAAUCUCCCUUAUCACUUCAAACCAACAGAACUCUCAACAGAAACCAUACCCACCUCCAAACUCUCUCAAAAAACAAUCUUGGAUCUCAUAAACACAAAAUGCUCCAAUUCUCUACACUAUCUAAAGCAAGCCCACGCCUUAGUUCUAAGGUCAGGCCACUUCCAAGACCACUACGUAUCAGGAACACUUCUCAAACACUACGCAAAUCCCCACCUCAGAAACUUUGCUUUUGCAUUCAAGGUGUUCGAUCAUGUGCCGAGGCCAAACGUUUUUGUAUGGAACAUUCUGCUCCAAGGGUGUUUAGAUAACAACGAGCCGUUUUUGGUGGUGUCGUUUUAUGAAAAAAUGAUGGCUGCGAAUUGUAGGCCUAAUAAGUUCACCUUCCCUGUAGUGUUCAAGGCCUGCACAAUGGUGCAGGCUGAAGAGGAGGGUGUGCAAGUCCAUGCCCAUGUUGUGAAACAUCGGCUUGGCAGAGAUGGACAUGCAAAGAGCUCCGGUAUUCAGAUGUAUGCCUCGUUUGGUCACUUGGAGGCUGCUAGGCGGAUGCUCAAUGAUGAGAUCGAUGUUGUUUGUUGGAAUGCGAUGAUCGAUGGUUGCUUCAAGUUCGGUAAUGUUGAGGCGGCUAAGGGAGUGUUUGGGGAGAUGCCGAGUAGGAAUGUCGGUUCUUGGAACGCGAUGAUAAGCGGUUUUGCAAGGUGUGGGAUGAUAGAGACUGCAAGAAAGUUCUUUGAUGAAAUGAGUGAAAGGGAUGAGAUAUCUUGGAGUGCUAUCACGAAUGGUUAUAUCAAAGGAGGGUAUUUCAAGGAGGCCUUGGAAGUUUUCUAUUUGAUGCAAAGGGAGGGAAUUGGGCCCAGAAAGUUUAUAUUGUCAAGUGUGCUGGCUGCUUGUGCCAAUGUUGGAGCACUUGAUCAAGGAAGGUGGAUUCAUGCCUAUGUUGAAAGGAAUUUGAUUCGAGUGGAUGCGGUUUUAGGGACUGCGUUGUUGGAUAUGUAUGCGAAAUGUGGGAGGCUCGACUUGGCGUGGGAGGUUUUUGAGAACAUGAGAUGGAAAGAGACUUUCACCUGGAAUGCCAUGAUUGGUGGACUUGCUAUGCACGGCAGGGCAGAGGACGCCGUGGAGCUUUUCUCAAAGAUGCUGAAAAACAAGCUGAAACCGGAUGGGAUUACCUUUGUGAACAUCCUAAAUGCUUGUGCCCAUGGAGGUCUUGUUGAUAAAGGUCUAAGGAUCUUCAGCUCCAUGAAGAAAUUGUAUGGUGUUGAGCCAGAAAUUGAGCAUUAUGGGUGCGUUGUUGAUGUCUUGGGAAGGGCAGGAUUACUUACAGAAGCAGAGGACUUUCUAGGAUCAAUGCCGGUGAGACCAAAUGCAGCUGUGUUCGGGGCGCUUUUAGGUGCUUGCAGGAAACAUGGAAAUGUUGAGUUGGGGGAGAUAGUGGGAAAGAUUUUGCUUAAACUAGAACCGGAGAAUAGUGGGCGUUAUGCGCUAUUAUCGAAUAUCUAUGCAAUGGCAGGAAGAAGGGAGGAUGUGGAAAAGGUGAGAAAAUUGAUGAAGGAAAGGGGAGUAAAAACAAAUCCUGGGAUUAGCAUGAUUGACAUAGAUGGCAAAAUUCAUGAGUUCAAAAUGGGUGAAGGUUCUCACCCACAAAUGAAGGCGAUCUACUUGAUGUUGGAAAGGAUCAUGGAGAGGCUGCAGAUGGAAGGUUAUUCGCCGGAUACAUCCCAAGUUUUGUUUGAUAUUACAGAAUAAGAGAAGGAAACUGACUGCAAUACUAUAGUGAAAAGCUUGCCAUUGCUUUUGGCCUCCUAAACACGAAGCCGGGAACAACAAUUCAAAUA